GGACUGUGUAGCAAAAGGAUGAGAGGAAUGUGACUGAGAGAGAGAGUGUGCGGGGAUGUCAGCAAAUAUACCCAAGGGGGAGAGAGAGAGAGAGAAAGGAGGAGGGAGGACUAUACUUAGACAGCAAUAAAGAUAGUCAGCCACAGCCACUGUACUAUAGAGCAUGGAGGUGGACACACUGGAUCUCGUAUCAACUUGGGAUUGGAUCCAAUUCUAAAAUCUGGUCUGACAACAAACUACCUUCUCAGCUCAACUAGUCCAGCAACAGAAUUCAAGUGGUCUGGGAUGGAUUCGCCAGAAAAAUCCAAUGUCGAGCACUAAAUUUAAGCCAAAUCGCACAGCAGCAACUCUCCACUACUUCAGUGAAAUGUGUGUGGUUUUUUUUUUCUGACAUCAGGACAAUUCUACUCUGAAAGCUUUGAAGAGGACUAGUUGACAUUUGAGAGGGCUGUCAGCUAAUGCUGCCACUGUAGUUACCCUGGGACCAAUGCUGUUUCUAAUGCCGUUUCACAUUGAAAAAGCCAGGACGCCAUUAAAGCCUAAGAAAUCCUCAUCUAGAACUGUGAACUGGACCAAAUGACAGGUGAAAGAAGAUGGGGAGAGCUUGAGAUUUAUAUGGCUGUUUUGAUCACAGAAGUUUGCCUCAAAUUUCAAAGACAAGGACUGAGUCAAACUCAGAUCGGCUAAAAAUGAUGACUAGCUCCAGACAGCAUGGUAGAAAACUGGACAAAAUAUGACAAAUGAAGUCUAAUCCAACCCAGGGUCGUCAUGGCUUGACGACCUAUGUUUGAGACCCAUGAAACCCGAUCUCAUGAGUUGCCCAAAAAAGCAUAUACACGAAUAAUGAAGCUCAAGCUAAAUCCAACUCCAGGAUUACAAAUUCACACGUUCAAGACUUGGUGCUCUGCAUCCACAGUGCUGAUUGUGACACUUGAGUGGUUGACUUAAUGUGUACAAGUGUGUUUUCCAUUGAUUAACCCUCGAUUGUUGCUCCUGGCCAUGAUGCAUCAAGCAGACAUCGUGCGGAGGUGACCGGCUAUUUCCGUUGUGGGGUCUGAAGCCUUGCGACCCCUGGUGUGUGUGUUCGCUGCACAGACAGUACAUGUGCGUAUGAAUGUGGAGGUGCUAUGCUGAGGGUGUCAGGUGUCGCACCAGCUCCGUCUGGCCACGAGUGGCGAUUUCAGUGUUCUGUUGGCGUGGACUGCAGCGACGCUGAGCCUCGCUGUAUCUGGCUGGCAGUUUUAAGGGGGGUUUCACCUCACACCUCACCCCGCCCAACCCCCAUCGCAUCACCAAGAAGGCGGGGCUCCCGGAGGGUCAUACAGCGCCAUCGCUUGUCCUGGGCUAAAGGACGGAGAGAUGGCAUGGUGUCGUCCAAUGAGAACAGGCGCAGGCCGCUGUCGUCGGGUGAGGUGGAGGGCCUGUCAUGGCAGGGCCCACGGACAAUUUUUGUCCUGAAGAACUCACAGGGAUUCGGCUUCACUCUGCGCCACUUCAUCGUCUACCCACCAGAGUCGUCCCUCCACAGCCUCAAGGAUGAAGAGAAUGGAAAUGCAACCGGAAAAGUAUGUCAGCAGUCUCGUUUGGAGCCAAUGGACACCAUCUUUGUGAAGAGUGUCAAAGAAAAUGGCCCAGCGCAACAAGCAGGACUGUGUACAGGGGACAGGCUGGUGAAGGUGAAUGGGGAGAGCAUUCUGGGAAAAACCUACUCUCAGGUGAUCGCACUCAUCCAAAACAGUGAAAACAUUCUGGAGCUCUCUAUUAUGCCCAAAGAUGAGGAUGUGUUGCAGUUGGCGUACUCCCAGGAUGCCUACCUGAAAGGCAAUCAGCCAUAUUCAGGCGAAGCCCAGAACCUCCCUGUGCCGCCGCCUCUCUGUUACCCUCCCACUAAGCCCAGCGCCGCUGCCCCACAGCCCGACCACAACCUCCACAGUCCCCUGGACAACUGGCAGUGCCGACCCGGCCCCGCUGCCUCUCCACUGGACAACCGCCCCCCUGCUGCUUCUACACCCACCUCCGGCUGGCCCGGGGGUCCUGAUGAUUCCAGUGGCCACUUUGCCCCACAGGGGCGGCACCGAGGCCGCUCCUCUUCGGCCAUCAGUGUGCUGGACUUUCACUUUGCUAACCACAAUGCUGCCAUCGCCUCUGCAACUCUCCCUCCGCCACGGAAGAGCAGCCUGCCAGCCUCUGGCCGCACUCACGCCGAUACUCUUUGCCACCAGGCUCUGUCGGACUGGUACUACAGCCAGGCGGAGGCUGCAGAGAGCAUGUCCCCCCGCCACCGCAGUAUAUCUCAGGAUUGUGUAGCGGAGCACGGGCUGGGGUUGGCCCCCGGCCCCGGACCUACAUAUGCUUCCACAACCUCCGCAGAGCACCGCCGAAGAGAAACCCUCCUGUGCCACCACCAGGCGGCUGCUGCUUCCCAUGAUUCCUAUUGGCUAGGGGGCUGGGGUGGUGUAUCAGGACCAGGAAGCAGGUCAUGCUCGGAGAGCCUCCUGGCAGCCUACGCCGAGUACGAGCAUAACUACGGGCGUUCUGUGGAGACACUGGCACAAGCCUCUGCACUGGUGUCGCCACACCAUGAACACUCGUUACAAGGCGCCCACAUGGCAAAAUUCAGAGAGCAGAAGGUCCCAGCAGGGCAUCAGCACAAAACCACAGUGAUAUACCCCAUCACAGCCUCCUCCACAGUGCCUCCCACUGGCAGGCGGUCCGGUCAGCAGGUAGCUGAACCCCAAACGAGGCGGGUAAAAGAAGAAGAGCUGGUGGGCUACAAAAGCUACAGCCCGUCUUUCUCCCGCAAAGCUGGCCACCUCCUCCAGCAGGCCCACUCCUUCAGAGAGCCCAGCUACAGCGGCCCUCACCUCAACUGGAGCCCCGGCAGCAGAAGCAGCCCUGCGGACGACGAGGAGGGGUUGGUACCCAGGCCGCGGUCUACCCCCACUCUGUCUGCAGCAGAGGAGGAGAGAGCUCGACUGGGUGAGGACAGGGAGCUCAUCUGCCCCAUCUCCCUGAAUCAAGAGGUGGUGCUGAGGCAGAAGCCGCCUUCCGGCCGCCGGACCCCGGUUCAGGCCGCUCGACAUCCCCACUACCCCACCCCUGGAGAGUCACCCGAGCCCCCUGGUUUGGAACCUCCACGAGGGACCCCCUCUCCUGUCUCUGGAGGGCCUGGCCCCAACCGCAGGGCUAAUGGUAGCCUGGCUCAGCAUGCAUACAACUCCCUGUCCUCUAUUCCCUUCAUAGAUGAUCCCACCAGUCCUAGCAUUGACCUGCAGGCCUGCUAUGUACCAGCCCGCUCUGUUGUGUCCAGUUCCCAGGCCUCCACUAUGGCCACCCUCACUUCCACCUCUGUCUCCCCCACCCUCUCCUCAAUCUCCCCCUUUGUCCGACUUCGUUCUCAGGACUGCAGCAGUAUUAAAGGUCGCCGCUCCUCUUACUUGCUGGCCAUCACCACCGAAAGAUCUAAGUCCUGUGACGAGGGCCUCAACACCUUCAGGGAAGAAGGCCGUGUCUUCUCCAAACUACCAAAAAGGGUCAAGAGCUUUUUCACUGAUGGGUCUCUGGAGAGCCUGCGAGCCCAGGAGGAAGCCCGGUCCAAACGCCACUCUACUUCUGAACUGGGAACCAUCACCUUUAGUGAUGUUCGCAAGGAGGGCUGGCUGCACUACAAACAGAUCCUCACAGAGAAGGGAAAGAAAGUAGGCGGUGGCAUGCGACCAUGGAAGCGCGUCUUCUCCGUGCUCCGUUCCCAUUCGCUGUUCCUCUACAAGGACAAGCGAGAGGCCGUCCUUCACGGGGCGGGGGCGGGGCCCAGCCAGGACGAACAUCCACCAAUCAGCAUCCACGGCUGCCUGAUCGACAUCGCCUACAGUGAAACCAAGCGUAAGCACACCCUGCGGCUGACCACGCAGAACUUCUGUGAGUACCUGCUGCAGGCCGAGGACAGGGACGACAUGCUGGCCUGGAUCCGGGUCAUCAGGGAGAACAGCAAGACCGACAACGAGGAGAUUGGUUUCUCAGGACAAGCUCUCAUCAACAAGAAGCUGAAUGACUACAGAAAACACAGUCUGACGGGUAGUAAGCCAGACUCCUCUCCCAGAGCCCAUCGUAUGAUGCCUCCCUUCCUCCUGGCUAAGACUGACAACACCUCAGUGAACCGAGCCUCCAGAACUGAUGACAACAAGGCACUGUGGGGCAUCAACAUCAUGAAGAAGGCCAAGAAGACAGGCAGUCCGAAGGCUUUCGGGGUGCGCCUGGAGGAUUGUCAGCCUGCUGUCAACCAUAAAUUUGUCCCUCUGAUUGUGGAGAUGUGCUGCGGUGUGGUGGAGGAGACGGGUCUGGAUUACACCGGUAUCUACCGCGUGCCGGGGAACAACGCCAUGGUGUCCAACCUGCAGGAGCAUCUCAACAAGGGCAUGGAUAUCAACACCGCUGAGGAGAGAUGGCAGGAUCUAAAUGUAAUCAGCAGCCUUCUCAAAUCGUUCUUCCGAAAACUGCCUGAGCCACUGUUUACUGAUGACAAAUACAACGAUUUCAUUGAUGCCAACCGGAUAGAAGAUGCAGAGGACAGACUGAAGACCAUGAAGAAACUGAUCCAUGACCUCCCAGAUCACUAUUAUCACACCCUUAAGUUCCUAGUGGGUCACCUCAAGAAGGUGGCAGAUCACGCUGAAAAGAACAAGAUGGAGCCGAGAAACCUGGCUCUGGUGUUUGGUCCUACUCUGGUGAGGACGUCAGAGGACAAUAUGACCGACAUGGUCACCCACAUGCCUGACCGCUACAAAAUAGUGGAGACUCUUCUCCUGCAUCAUGACUGGUUCUUCACGAAUGGAGAGCUUGAUAAAGAAGAGAAGGCCCCAGAGGAUAAGCGGGACAUGCAGCCUGUGCCAAACAUUGACCAUCUGCUGUGCAACAUCGGCAGGCCGGGCAUGCCAGGAGAGGCAUCAGAUUCCACCACCAGCGAUUCACUUAAGACAAAGCUUUCUUCGCUCUCCAAGAAGGACCUGAACGCCAGGGACUUCCUGACCAAGUCCAUCAUCUCUGCUGUGACCCGCAAACGUAAAAAAUGCCUCAGUACUGACCUGCAGGGCGGCAGCGCUGACGAGGACUCCGAGCAUGAGCCAGUCAAAACCAGCAACUACGGAGGAGGAGGGGAAGGGGAGGAGGAAGAGGAUAGAAGAGAGGAAGAGGCAGCCAAGGGAGAACAUAACAUUCCUAAAAAAGAAAAAAGGGAUGAAAAGGAAACGGGGGUGAAAGCUAGAAAGACCACAGAGGGGAAAGAUGUAUUGUCUGGAGAGGAAGAGGCUGAAAAGGACAAGGGAAACGUAACAGACAACGGUGCAAAAAAAUUUGAGAAGGACAACAGGCGGAGAACAACCUUGCCGAGAAACGCACCGCAACUUUGUCCAAACAGUUUCCUCUGCUCAGACCAUCAGAUCCAUGCCACAUACCCGAGACCCCCAACAGUGUCUAAUCCUCCUUCCCAUUUGAGGCCUCACAAUCAGGCCAGAGGACACCCCACAGUCCCUUUCUGGAUCUGCCCCACCAGGCUUCCAAACCUUUACCAUCAGCCAGACUGGAACCAGUCAGUGCCAGUCCGCUACAGGAAGACAAGAGGUGGGAGGACAAGGGCUGUUUCCAUGAAUCUAGACCUUGAGCUAUGCAGGAGUGAGGACAGAAUCCGAGGAUGUAGAGCAGAGAGGGUGGAGGUGAUCACAGUCAUUGAGGGUGCACCAGGUCAGCAUGGCUGUGUUGGGGUUCCUCAGGGAUCAAUUGUGGGUCCUGGGUCAAUUGAGCAAAAAGAUCCCCUCCCUCAUCUUGUCCAGGAGUCUCCCCCUCUCUCCUCCUCUUCCUCGGGAUGGAUAGAUAAAAGCUCCCUGGGAUCUCAGGCUGUGGUCCUGAGGAGAUCGGCCCUGGGCCCACGGGACAAGACUAGAGCGUGGCGUCGUCACACGGUGGUUGUUUAACCUGACUGUCUCAUCUACUAAUGCAGUACCAAGUACAUGCCCUUCACUCACAAACACUGGAUUACCUGCUUCUAAAGCCAAGUGUCUGUCAUAUUGCUCAAUACUCUUUCUUCAAUACUGUUUUUCUGGCACGGAACUUGGAGACAAGAUCUCAUGAAAAAGGAAUGAUUUGCCAUUGUGUGCAGCUGUAGAGUUUCAUUCCAAAAUGAGAUAACGUCCAUUUGAUUUAAAAAAAAAAAAAAAAAGCUUACUCAGAAAUUAAUAUAGAAAUUAUACUAUUCAACUAGUUUUGAAGCUAUUUAUUUUUAAUCCUUUACUUAUCAUCUUUAAUCCUUUACUUACUUACCAAACACACACCCAAUGAACAUGGCAAAUUGAGAUCCUGCCAUUUCCAGGAAAUUCUCAGCAAAAUCUGAUCACGUUUCUCAGGUAAAACACCUGUGGGAUCCUGUGAGCUACGCUUCCACACAUCUGUUGUAGAUAUAGUCGGACCUUUAACUGCCGUUAUUAAAGCACAGUCACACCAGAAAGUGGCGCGCGCACCAAAACAACAUGCUGAAAUGGCAAAAAAGUUAUGGCAAGAAUUUGAUAACAAGAAAACCUUUCAACCUAACAAACAACAUUUAAUCAUGUGAUUAUAGCAUCUUUUUAAAAGAUUCUAAUGAAGUUGUUUGUUGAAAAUUGGUGUAGUCAAUGUUCUAUUCUUGAAACAACUACUAGGUGGUGCCAAAGUAAGGACUUUCUAAAUCCUACUAGUUGCGUGCGUUCCAUUUGUGCUCGGAAUUUUGAAUUUCCGAGUUCCAAGUCAGGAAUUUCAAAUUCGACUGGGAAAGUCGGAGAACGUCACAGUAAGCCGAGCAAAGCCGACCACAAAAUCCAACAUGGUGAAACAGUAGUAGAAGUAGGUCAGCAGUAGUGAAAGCUGUAGUAAUCAGGACUUCACAUUCACUUUUUUGAUCACCUUGGAUAGUAGAUUUUUAAGUUACCAGCCAGUCAGAUUUUCUGCUAGCCAAAUGUUUGUUUUUUCCUAACUAUACUUUUAUUUCAGCUCCUUUGGUUUGUUUCGCGCUGUUCUGUUCGUCUUCUUCGUUUCAGCGUAGCUCGUAAUCGAUACCACGCACUAGCCACCUAGCCAAUGGUUGUAUAACACUUUACAACGUAGUGUUCAUGGGAAAUGUAGGAUUAGUACUACAAGCAGCGUUGCCAGAUAAAGAUUACGUUUCCAAGCCAAACACACACGAAACCGCCCAAAUUUCUUGGAGGAAAACAGACCAAUCUGGAAACACUGACUUCUUUUCUUCAGCCGGCCGUUUCAAACAGACAUAUUGUUGUUUGCUUCGUUCAUCACCGUCAAACUGGCUAGUAACUUUACAAUGGUACCCGCCAAAGUUAGUUUUUACCAGCAUUUGGCGGGUUGGCGGGUGUCAGUUUAAAGCCCUGGUGAUAAUAUACUUUACAGUUGAAUACCACUUCUGUCUUAUUUGUGUCUCCAAUAAAUCAGCCGUACACUCAGUCCUGUCCAUCUUCUGUCUGUGGACAUGUUGCCACAGUGUUAUUUGCACAAAAUACAGUGUAAUGCAAUGUUAUUAACUGGUGGCUAACCUGGCUAGAGCUAACACUUAACGACUUGUUGUACUGGAAGACGAUCAACUCGGGUGUGACGUCAUUCCCAGCUCCGGCGUCCGAGGUAAAUGGAACGCAGCAACAGUAGGGGCUUUAACACAUAUAUUUACCAGUUGUGACAGCGACGCUGGUACUGUUUUCUGUGAGUCUGUGUGCAUGUCAUCAUGGCAAAAUGUGGUCCUGGAGAAACCUAUUGUAGCCGUAGCUACCACAGAGGCGGUUUUGAGUACUUUGUCUGCCUGUGGACAGAUUUUGUCACCGUGAUAGCAUCAAAAACUUACAAAAUGCAGUCCAAACCUUUACAGGUGUGUACAAGGUGUGAUGCCGGAUGUAGGGGGUUAGGGUUAGACCAUCACAAGAUGGUCUCUAGUUCAAAAAGGUUUUUUUUUUGGGGAAUGAACCCUUCAAUUGUAAAUUUAAAAGAG